UUAAGCGUAUGCCCUAAAAUUCGCCAUGGAGUUCGUGGGGCCGGAAGGCUUGCGCCUCGAUGGGCGGCGGCCGCUGGAGAUGCGGCAGCUCCACGCGGAGCUCGGCGUUGUGGAGAAUGCGAAUGGAUCGGCAAUGUUUGAGAUGGGGAACACGAAGGUGAUUGCCGCUGUUUAUGGUCCUCACGAGGUCCAUAAUCGCUCACAGCAGCUUUGGGAUCGGGCUCUUGUACGAUGCGAAUAUAGCAUGGCCGCAUUCAGCACUGGCGAUCGCCGAAGGAAAGGCAAAGGAAACAGGCGCUCCACAGAGAUAUCACUUGUCAUCCGGCAGACUCUAGAAGCGGCAAUUCUUACGAAUCUAAUGCCCAAAUCACAGAUCGAUAUCUAUGUUCAAGUUCUCCAGGCCGAUGGAGGCACACGAUCAGCAUGUAUCAAUGCAGCAGCACUGGCUUUAGCGGAAGCAGGCAUUCCAAUGCGGGAUCUCGUUGCAUCCUGCGCUGCCGGUUACCUCAAUGGAACGCCUUUACUGGAUCUGAAUUACGUCGAGGACAGUGGUGGUGGCCCGGACGUGACUGUGGCAUUGUUCCCCAAGGUGGACAAAGUCUCGUUACUGCAAAUGGAUUCUAAGAUGCCUCUGGAACACUUUGAGAACGUCUUCCAACUUGCGGCGGAGGGAGCGAAAGCUGCAGCGCGGUACAUGCGUGAGGUGUUGAUGGAGAAUACGCAGAACCUUGCCAGGCUCGUCACAGCAACAUAAACUUAAUUAAAGAUUAGGAAUAUACCUAGAGUCUCUAAGUGUAUUCUAGAAUAUCUUCACGAACUUUCUCUAAUUUGUAGUCAAGUUUAAUUCUAAAUUUCCUACUAUUUUCUGGUU